UUGUAGCUUGGCUUCCGCUAUAGCUGUAGUGUCGCGCUGCCGCUGACGAAAACAAGAGAAAUCGAGACCACUCCAACACGCACAGUUUCUAAGCGACAGCGACGUGAAACGCUAGAACUAAGGCAACCCGAGGAUGUAGGUAUAGUCCCCUAGAGCGCAACUUUGUCGAAACCUCGUUGUCGUCCUCUCUCUAUCUCUCUCUUUAUAAAUAAGAGGAAAAAAAUAUAAGGACAACAAAAAGAAAGAGGGAGAGAGACACGCACGUCUUCGAACGGAACCGCACCUUCCUGACGAACCCGAACGACCAAGAAGAGCAGCUGGAGAAGACCGACAUUCCGGAGGAGAGAGAGAGAGAUUAAAACAGAAAAAAAAAAGUAGACGCAGCGGAGGCGCAGUCCAGCGAGCGCGAGACUUUUGCCGUCACAGCGUUGGACGCGCGACGUCCGUCAGCGAGGCCGGCCGACCGGAGAGAGCGCACGUGGACGCAACCGCGCACCACCAAGGGGGGCCAGCAGCGGACGACGCAGGACCGCCAAACCGCUGUCGCCAGGUGUUCGAGCGCCGCCGAUGACUGCCUAAGGCUGUGGCUGGCACGGCGGGAUGGCGCUCCUGUACCGCUUCACCCGACUCAACGAUCGCUCCAACACGGGUGUGUUCACCUUCAUCGCGACGCGGUCCGUCACACGAGACCUGCACCGGGACGCCACCACCAAAGACUUUCCUUUCGCUUACCACCGAUGGGCCGUCUCCUUCGUCCGCACCGACAAGGUGCUCGGGGUGUUGCUCCGAAUUCGGAACGCCGCUCCCGGAUGGAAGUGCUACCUGGACUUCACAUUCACCUUGCUCAAUCGCGAGCACUUCUCGAAGAACGAAGCCCUCUCCGAAAAGCAGGUUCGCUUCUCGGCGGAAGAGUCGACGCAUGGCGCUGCCCGUUGGAUCCUCAUCUCGGACCUGCAGUCUCGGCGCUUCUCGGACGAGACGGGCGAAUUCCUGCUGGAGCUGUCGCUGGCCAACGCCAUGACGGUGUUUGAAACAGACAUCCGUGUGCCUCCGCAGCUGCUCAAUCACCACCACCACCAUCACCACCACCACAGGGGCAGCGGUGCGGGACAGCAGAAAGACUGGGGCCCCCUCGGUUCGGCGCCCGGCACGCCAACAGGAUCCGGAGGGGCGCAGAGCCCCCGAAUCGAGUCGUCCUACUUUUGCUUCGGAGGUUUCGACUGGAACAUUGCGCUGCUUCCGGACGGUUCGCCCGAGGACGGUGACAACGGCCGGCCCCGGGUGCUCCUCAUCAGGCACACAGGCUUCGACCACCCGUGCCGCGUUCAGUACCGAGUGGUGCUGGGUGAAGGCGACCGGCGCGUGGAUUCCGGUGUGCUGGACCAGAUCUCGGACCUGUCAGGCCGCAUCCGGGGCUUUUCGCUGGGCGCCGCCGGCCCUGCUGACCUGGUGCGGCGCGGCACACUCAGACUCCAGCUGCACAUGCUGUCCGCCAACGCCAUCUCAGAGGCCAAGGUGUCGGCGACUGCAAGCACGCUGACUGGUGUGGAGCCGUGCGUGCCUGCGACGGCCAACUGCUACGACCGGGACAAGCAGGCGUGGUGCGUCGAGGCCGACAUGGAGGGCGAGCGCUUGCGACUGAAGCUGUACUACGCUGAGCUGCAGCACAUCCCCGUGGGCCACCUGCGCUACGUGGCCUGGAACGCGUACCUGGUGCGCCGCCAGCCGGGCUCCGGGGCGCGCGAGAGCGUGCUCGCGUUGCGCGCUCCGCACUCCAGCUACUACGUGCACGACGGCAUGGACGUCGCCGUGGUCAUGGACACCGACGUCUCUGUGCGACAGAUUCGUGAGUCAGCCGGCAUGUACUUGGACGGUGCCGGAAACCUCACUGUGCACGUGGAAUGGCUUGACUCGCAGCUCCUGUUCGGGGCCACGUACCACAAAUACGACGACAUUGCGCGCACCCAGUGCCAUCAAAUGAAACGCGAGAUCGCCGCUCUCCAGGCUGAGAACUACAACCUGGAGCGGCAGGUGUUUAGCUACCAGAAGUCCAUCUCGUACGCGAGUGCCCGGGGCCAGCCGUCUGAGGACCUGCCCGACGACUACUACGCCAGCACCGUGCGGCGGCUCUCCGAGACGCAGAGCCUGUCCGAGUCCGAGUACGCCUGACGAGCCCCUGCCGCCAUCCAGAAGAGCGAGCCCGACGCUGCCGCCGCCGCCGCCACCGUUAGGUGUUCUGCACAAUCGCCAUCCCGCUGCCUUGAAUGUGAGCGGCGUGCCUGGGCGCCGCCGCCGCCCCUGCACCCGCCCAGAGCCCGGGCCAUCCGCCACUGAGCGUGCACUCGGACACGCUUCUUCGGUACCGCCUCUUCACCCCCCACAUUCCUCCCUGGGGGACCACUCAUCAUCCACUGCAUCGCCCAUCACGUCCACUGUCGGCGCCUCCUUAGGGACGACAAAACAUGGCCCAUGUCGCACUGCUUGCACCGCCUCAGCGUUCACUCGUGUCCAGGUGCCCGCUGCUGCGCGAAACGUGUCAACCUAUGAUGCUUCGCAAUUGUCACCCAUAAAACGUUUUCAGACAACUAUGGUACUGGUUGUGAGUAAGGUUCGUAGAGGUGACGUGAAACUUACGCUCAAUCUAGCAGUACGCAACACAGAUUUCCAGCAUUACCCCGACGUAAGGAUUGCGACCUCCUCAGCGGGAAUUCGUAUAUAAAAAUAUUUUCGUACGGUUGCUCCAGUUGCUUUAGGCACCGGGAAGGAAGCAUGUUUUCGGCGUAACGCAUUUCCACUUAAAAAUAAAAGGAACGAAGCAGAACACUGGCGAACAUAAUACGCAGUAUUUUUUAAGUAAUUGUAAAUUAAAUACGAACCAGAAAGUUGCCUUCAAGGUUCGCAGGUAUUAGGGCCAUGGUCACAGGAGUCCAGUAUCGAUAGCAGUUAUUCAAGGAGAAGCAGAGCCCGGAUGCUAUAUGAAGUAAACUUUUUUUUAAUGGAGGAAAAGCCGCUGUUAAUACCAUUCGCCAAAUAAACCAGACUUUUUAUGACCUCAUGGCUUGAAUAGAGCGCAAAUUUCACCUGCAUUAUCCGUUAAGAAGUACGCUGGAUAACGGCGAAUUCGCUGGAUCACGACAAUGGUCUGUGCCAUUGAAAUCUGUGGCCGUUUCUGAAACAAAAAAUAGCAUGGCAUCGAGGAAAACUGUGCUAUAAUCGUUUCUUGGUCAUCCAUGAAAGGCCUUGUCGCUAUUUAGCGAAAAUAAUUUGUACUAGUAAUUUUCAUUUCCAGAGGCCAAGACUGAGGUGUGCUCAUUUGCCUUCCUCCAGGACUAAGCCGUUGUGGAACGGCAGCGACAUGGAGUGUUUGCUAUGUGCAAGCAGAGCGACCUGGAAACUCAUAAGCUGCGUACCUGUCCAUUAUAUUGGAGCAUAGAGAUUUUACUCGCCAGAUCUUACCUGUUUGAUGCCUGUAUUCCCGGUUGUCGUUUCGCGAAUCUGCACCAAUGAAAGUUUCCAGCUUUUAUGCCGAUAAUAGAUUCGCCGACACUGGGUUGGUGUUUAUCAAGUUUUACCUGCAUGGAGCGUUCGUUGCAUGACGAGGUAUACGCUUCGGCUUAAUAAUUUUAUCAGUGUAGAACGGCCGUUUGAUGCGUUUCGUCUUGAGAGAUGAGAGCCCCCAAAAUCGCCUAGCGAUUGCACUGACUAAGAGCUCCAGCGUGCAAGCUGCAAAUCCGUUCAGCACCCAAAGGGCACAAUACUUAACAAGGCGCCCUUGUAGCUGUAUAGAUUAAAUGCCUGAACGCCAAUCAUUUCGGUACAUUCCACCGCGCCAUUCGCAGACUGAAGUGCGGUGCCAAUAGAACGUUAUUUGUGAAACUUUUUACUCCACAACUCUGGCAAUACUCGUCCUAAAGGUCGUGUCGGUGUGUUAAACAAAGCGUUCAUACACUGCGUGGCCAAUACUCUCCAGUACUCUUACCCGACUUUCCUGUCGUGCGUUCUCAAACCCUUGUUGUCAUUUCACCUGUAUAAGGGAAGUAAGAUUCGGGACAGAAAGACGCGACAGAGUCGUUUCUCCAAGGUGGAAUCUGCCACUCGUCGAUGAAAAUUCGGCUGUUUUGCCUCAGCGCUGCCGGCUCUUGGUUUGUGGCUUUGCGUAGGAGAAGUGGCAUAGAAAAAAAAAUUCGCGCACAGCGGAGCACGACCAUGCUAUACCAAGGUCUUGCGUACCCCGAGCUGUUGUAUGUGCCAAGUACGAGCGUCCCGCUCUUAGGUUAUCGCGGUCACUGUCGGAACAAAUGUCGCGCUAUAGAGUUAGCUAAACGAGCGCGCGCGUCCUUGGGGAAGCCUACGUGCACCGGGUUUUUUAUUUUAUAUUCGUGCGUAUGAUGAUAAGACGCAUAGCUAUGGUGUGAUCAUCUAUUCAUAACUAUACUCGGCAGAAAAAAUGUGCCUCCCGUCAAUUCUGUUUCGCCCAUCUUUUUUCACCGCUGUCAAAGUCUCAUUGUAAGCCUUUGAGCAAGUCGAUACUCUGUUGGCUUCGCAAAAAAUAAUUACAAUAUGUCGAGAGGCUUUGUACCUUGUGUCGGCAAGGCAUUUUAAAAGCAGAGUUGACUAACGACAUGAUAGCAUCGUACGUUAAUGUCUAUGAAGAUAUAAGAUAUCAGCGUUUCGUAUGAGGAAAAAAAAGCCUUUCGUUGUUUGUUCGACACUUUUUACCACUCAAACAGCUUUCUUUAACACGAGAAAAAAAAACAUUUCUUGUAAUAUUUGCUAGGUAUCUAUGAACACGGUAUUUCAUUAGCAAUGUUUCGGGAAUGUGCUGUGUCUGAUUCAUAUUUUUAGUGGUCUUUCGUUAAUUUGUGGCAAACCACCGAAGAGAUUGUCAGAAUGUGUUUCGACAAAGAGGGCGUGGCUUGCUAAUCGAUAUACCAAGAAAACCUAGGACACACAGCACGCGAACAAAUCUCCUUUCCAUCAUUUCUUCAGGGUAAGUAACAGGAUCUUAAAGCGCGUGAACGGGUUCUGAGCAACAGGUAGCCCGCGAGCCAGAUCUCUCCAGUGAUCCUCGGCUUCACACAAAAAGAAUAUUCCUUCACCCACUUUCCCAUCGUCUCCCACCGCUGUAGACGGCACCGUGUUUUCAAGCUCACCUCAGUCAUGAACAGAGUGCCUCCAAAAAUCAUUCUGCGUGAUUUUCACUCGCACAGCUAUUAAUUUUGCUGACAUUUUAAAGCAAUGAUGGCGUCGGC